CUUCAGUCCCUGCCCAUUGGUGGAGGCCUCGAGGGUGCCCAGAGACCGGAGUGUAGCGGGAUUGGCCGCAGAGAUUCCUGACAGAGACGCCGAUUGGCUGUGACGGUCCCCGUGACGCGGGGUGGUGACUGGCUCCAGUGUCUGAGGGGCUCCUGCUUGUCAGGUUCUAGGGAACAGAUCUGAUUCCUCGAAUUUCUUCUUGCAGUUCAUGCUUUUUGGCUAGACCUAUGAUCAUUCCUGUGAGACUUUACUGCAUGUUUUCUCAAGUGUCUUCAUCCCUAAUGUAUAUAUACCUCAACAUGGACCUGCUACUUUAGUUAAGACACAGCCAACAAUGACUAGUAAUAAGAUAUGUUCUGAUUAGAAGGCUUACCUGUGCAUUGUGGAGGACAAGCAGUGCCUUACAAAGAUGGGGUUUGGGAGUGACCUGAAGAAUUCGCAUGAAGCUGUGUUAAAAUUGCAAGACUGGGAAUUACGAUUACUGGAAACAGUGAAGAAAUUUAUGGCUCUGAGAAUAAAAAGUGAUAAAGAAUAUGCAUCUACUUUACAGAACCUUUGUAAUCAAGUUGAUAAGGAAUGUCCUCUCCAAAUGAAUUAUGUCAGCAAUGUAUCCAAGUCUUGGCUACUUAUGAUUCAUCACACUGAACAACUUAGUAGGAUAAUGAAGACACAUGCAGAGGACCUAAACUCUGGGCCCUUACAUAGGCUCACCAUGAUGAUCAAGGACAAGCAACAGGUGAAGAAGAGUUAUAUAGGUGUUCAUCAGCAAAUAGAAGCAGAGAUGAUCAAGGUUACAAAAACAGAAUUGGAAAAAUUAAAAUCUAGCUAUCGACAGUUAAUAAAAGAAAUGAAUUCUGCCAAAGAGAAAUACAAAGAAGCUUUAGCUAAAGGGAAGGAAACAGAGAAGGCCAAGGAACGUUACGACAAAGCCACAAUGAAACUUCAUGUGCUGCAUAAUCAAUAUGUGCUGGCAUUGAAAGGGGCUCAGCUUCAUCAAAAUCAGUAUUAUGAAACUACUCUUCCUUUGCUUCUGGACUCCUUACAAAAAAUGCAAGAAGAAAUGAUAAAAGCACUAAAAGGUAUAUUUGAUGAAUACAGCCAGAUAACCAGUCUUGUUACAGAGGAAAUAGUGAAUGUUCAUCAAGAAAUUCAAAUGUCAGUCGAACAGAUAGAUCCUAAUACAGAAUACAAUAAUUUCAUAGACAUUCAUAGAACAACAGCUGUUAAAGAACAAGAAAUUGUUUUUGACACUUCCUUAUUAGAAGAAAAUGAAAAUCUUCAGGCAAAUGAGAUCAUGUGGAAUAAUUUAACAGCAGAAAGUUUGCAAAUAAUGUUGAAAAAUUUAGCAGAAGAAUUUAUGCAGACGCAGCAGAUGCUUUUAAAUAAAGAGGAGGCUGUCCUGGAGCUAGAGAAGAGAAUUGAAGAAUCUUCUAAGUCCUGUAUAAAGAAGUCUGAUAUUGUGCUUCUACUAAGCCAAAAACAGACACUUGAAGAGUUGAAACAAUCAGUCCAGCAACUGAGAUGUACUGAGGCAAAGUUUGCAGCACAGAAAGAAUUAUUAGAGCAAAAAGUUCAAGAAAAUGAUGGAAAAGAGCCACCUCCUGUAGUAAAUUAUGAAGAAGAUGCACGAUCUGUUACAUCUAUGGAAAGAAAGGAGAGACUAUCCAAAUUUGAGUCUAUUCGUCAUUCAAUUGCUGGAAUAAUUAGGUCUCCAAAAUCUGCACUGGGCUCUCCAUCAUUCUCUGACGUGAUCGCCGUGAGUGAGAAGCCCCUGGCGGACCAUGACUGGUACCAUGGUGCAAUUCCCAGAAUAGAAGCCCAAGAACUGUUAAAGCAACAAGGAGACUUCUUGGUGCGAGAGAGUCAUGGGAAACCUGGUGAAUAUGUCCUUUCUGUAUAUUCUGAUGGACAAAGGAGACACUUUAUCAUACAAUUUGUUGAUAAUCUGUAUCGAUUUGAGGGCACUGGAUUUUCAAGCAUCCCCCAACUUAUAGAUCAUCACUAUACAACAAAACAAGUCAUCACUAAGAAAUCAGGUGUAGUUCUCCUGAAUCCUAUUCCUAAGGAUAAGAAGUGGAUUCUCAACCAUGAAGAUGUCACUUUGGGAGAAUUAUUGGGCAAGGGAAAUUUUGGUGAAGUAUAUAAGGGCACAUUAAAGGAUAAAACUGCUGUUGCUGUUAAAACAUGUAAAGAAGAUCUUCCUCAGGAAUUGAAAAUAAAAUUUUUACAAGAAGCCAAAAUUCUCAAGCAAUAUGAUCAUCCUAAUAUUGUCAAACUUAUAGGAGUUUGCACACAAAGACAGCCUGUCUAUAUCAUUAUGGAACUAGUUUCAGGAGGUGAUUUCCUGUCCUUUCUGAGAAAGAAGAAAGAUGAAUUAAAACUCCAACAGUUAGUGACAUUUUCCUUAGAUGCUGCUGCUGGUAUGUUUUAUCUCGAGAGUAAAAACUGUAUACACAGGGACCUUGCUGCAAGAAACUGCCUGGUAGGUGAAAACAACGUUCUGAAAAUCAGUGAUUUUGGAAUGUCUCGGCAAGAAGAUGGUGGUGUGUAUUCAUCUUCUGGCUUAAAGCAGAUUCCCAUUAAAUGGACAGCACCAGAAGCUCUUAAUUAUGGGAGAUACAGCUCUGAGAGUGACGUGUGGAGCUUUGGCAUCCUCCUGUGGGAGACCUUCAGUUUAGGGGUCUGUCCGUACCCUGGCAUGACAAAUCAGCAAGCACGGGAGCAAGUGGAGAGAGGAUACCGGAUGUCAGCCCCUCAGCAUUGUCCAGAGGAUAUCUCUAAAAUUAUGAUGAAGUGUUGGGAUUAUAAGCCUGAAAAUCGACCCAAAUUCAGUGAUCUUGUGAGAGAGCUCGAUAUCAUCAAGAGGAAAAUCACAUAGUCACAGAAGAGUUCCAAGCUUGCCUUCAGGACUCUGUCCUCCAGCAGAAUAAUACUGUUCCCCUUAACAAUGAGUUCAUACCACAUUACCUGCAGCCAUCUUCUAAGGUUAUUUUUUUAUUAACUGGGGUUUUAAAAAUAUGUUCCACUUUAAAAUAUGUCAAAGUCAAAUGUAUUCAAGAACUGCUCCCACCAAAGGCUUUAUGAGCAGUCCUAGCAUAUCAGACCACUGUAAAUAGGAAAGCACAGGCUCUAAAUGUGUGAAGGAUGAAAAUAUCAAUCUUUGUUAUACGUAGGACCACUGAUGUUUCUCAAAGGUUUUCUACUUCAGGCACAGUUCUCAGGCUGCUGUCUCCUGCCAUAGACCUACCCAGUUGGUGCUAUAAACUGCAUUGGUGAUGUAUCUGCAGGAUACAUUCCAACCACGGUUGGCUUUCUGCUCUGCCAAGGGAUCAUAACUUUAAAUAUAGCCAUGUUUUAAUCUUGUAUUGGGAAUUACUUGGAUCUCACAGGUCAUUCUUUUCCUUUUUUGUGCCAGAAAUAAGCCCAGUAAGAACCAUCUUGCUCUUGCAUUAUUGAAGUUGUUUUCCUCCUUCUUGGUCUGAGCAUCAGAAAAUGAUGCAUGCAAUGUGCUCAAAGAACACAUGGUUAACACAUGGUUAGAGGUUAGGCAGCUGAUUUUAAAGGAUGUUACAGAGAGCUGGACAGUGAAAACCAGGUGUGACGGGGGGCCAUCUGGGAGAAAGAGCAGGCAGAGUGGUCAUCAAAGUAGAGAACAGAGACAUAAUUCUGCCUUCUUACCAGAUUUGGUCCUUUGUAAACGCAUACACAUACACCUAUCCCUUUUCUGUUCUCUGCAUUCAUCCACAAGGUCCAAAGGAAUGUUUCAGUAUUUCAUAGAGAGAUCCCUCUUAAUGGCAACAACAACAAAAAAUUCUUCGAGAGACACUACAAGUCCACAGAAUAAUGGCAUAGUUCUGGUUAAGUAUCUUCAUCAUAGAGGAGGUACCCCAGAAUGUAAUUCCCUUCAUUUUUACUAGUUUCCAGAGCUGUCAUACCCCUGAUUCUGGUUCACAGACACAUUUGCGUGAGUCAGUACACAUGCGCACGCGCGCAUACACACACAACUGAAUAAGGCAGAAACCUAUGAAAUAGAUGGUUCAGGAGUCAAGUGAAUGUUAAUGAGAACAAGAUCUAGGAAUGGCCCUCCUGUUUGCACUUUUCCCCUUCAUUUACCCUCAUACUGCUCCCUGGGAGUCUUUAUCAAUAGCUGACAGGUAUGCAAGCACAGUGCUUAAGAUGUCUUAUGUGGAUAAAAUUAACACAGAGUUGAGACUAGGAUUCUGUUGCAGUGACUCUUAGCUGCAUGCAAGGAACUUACCCCUUGGUCUGUGUACAGUUGCCUCUUAGAAUAUAUACAUGAGAGAUGGUUAUGCUCAGCAGUAAAUAUGGCUCAGAUAAAUAUCACUUUAGUGAUUUGGUCUGUGUUCACUGGAAGAGCCUAAGGGAUACAAAGUUCCUCCUGCCCUCGCCAGCUGUUUGCUGUAUGUGAAUAUCAUUGUUCAGAAUGCUCACCAACACUUAUGAAGGCUACAAAUGGGAUACAGAAGAGAAAAAUGGCUUGUGUCUAUCAUUUCAAUAUCUUUGCAGACUUGGUACACAUGUACUGAUUAAUGCAUUCAGAGUAAAAUGAAAGCAUAAUGAACUUGCCCUCAAAAGUAUUUUGCAACACAUAAAGCCACUUCUUUUUAAUCAGCAUGGUUCUCCUUUAGGUCAAAUAUUGUAAAGAAGUAUAAAUGUUUUUUGAUAGCAUACACCCUAGUAAAUCAGAGUAAAAACUCAUGAAUUAAGAUUAAAUGCCAUCCUUCAAAUGCACUAAUAGAAGAGUUCUCCUAUUACUUCAGUAUUUCCAGGUGAACCUGUUUGUAAUAUUCUUUUAAAAAGAAGAAAGCCUCUCGUCACUUAGCGACCUUAGCACUAAGCUUCGAGCACAGAGAAAGAAUGAUGGUUUGGGCUUUAAUUUUGUGAACAAGUCCUGAAGUUUAAUCCUUGAAUUCUGGUAUAAAGAGUGAACGUGGCAUUGAUAUUUCACUCAUCCGGGCUGUUAGAAUUUGCAAUUCACAUCAUAACUCUGUACUUAAAUUACAAAAGCUUUUCAAAACAUCAUGACAUUUGCAGCAUUUAAAUGUUAUUUCAUUCUUUGUCCUAAA